UGCGCGCGGUGCUCUGGCAGAUCCUGGUGGAGGACUUCGACCUGCACGGCGCGCUGCAGGACGACGCGCUGGCGCUGCUCACCGACGGUCUGUGGGGCCGCGCCGACCUGGCGCCCGCGCUGCGCGGCCUGGCCCGCGCCUUCGAGCUGCUGGAACUGGCCGCCGUGCACCUGUACCUGCUGCCGUGGAGGAAGGAGUUCACCACCAUCAAGACCUUCUCGGGGGGCUAUGUGCACGUGCUGAAGGGUGUGCUCUCAGAGGACCUUCUCAUCAAGAGCUUCCAGAAGAUGGGCUAUGUGCGCCGGGACAACCACCGCCUCAUGGUGACCGCCCCACCGCCUGCCUGCCAGCUAGUGCAGGUGGCCCUGGGCUGCUUCGCCCUCCGGCUGGAAUGUGAGAUCUUGGGCGAGGUGCUGGCCCAGUUGGGCACCAGCGUGCUGCCAGCUGAGGAGCUGCUACAGGCCAGGCGGGCCAGUGGAGACGUAGCUUCCUGUGUGGCCUGGUUGCAACAGCGGCUGGCCCGAGAUGAGGAGCCACCGCCCCUGCCCCCCCGGGGCUCCUCUGCUACCUUCAGGGCCCCGCUGGACUUGUACCGGGACCUGCAGGAGGAUGAGGGCUCGGAGGAGGCCAGCCUGUACGGGGGGCCAUCCCCGGGCCCAGACUCACCCCCAGCGGAGCUGGCCUACAGGCCACCACUCUGGGAGCAGAGUGCCAAACUGUGGGGAACAGGGGGCCGGGCCUGGGAGACCCCAGUCGAAGAGCUGUCCAGGGCUGGCAGCCCACCCUAUGGGGCCUUGGAGGAAGAGCUGGCGCCUGAGCCCUCAGCCUUCUCCUUCCUCUCUCUGCGCCGUGAGCUGAGUCGGCCAGGGGACCUGGCCACACCUGAAACCCCAGGGAGCCCUGGGGUGACCAGCCCCCGACACAUGCGAGCAGAGGGGGCACCCACCUCAGGCUACGGGUCUGUCCCUGAGCCCCCAGGAUACCAAGCACACAGCUGCCUGUCCCCUGGCACCCUGCCCACCCUCUGCUGUGACACCUGCCACCAGCUGCACGCCGCCCACUGUGCAGCCCUGCCUGCCUGCCGCCCCGGCCACUCGCUGCGUGUGCUGCUGGGUGAUACCCAGCGGCGCCUGUGGCUGCAGCGCACACAGAUGGACACCCUGCUCUACAGCGGCCCCGGUGCCCGGCCCUAGGCCCAGCUAGGCCCCAGGUCAAGGGCUUUCGGGAGGCCAUUCCUGUGGUGCUUCUCUUGGGGUUAUGGCCACCUAGGGUCUGG